AUGGGAGACUCUCUUCGGGAUGAUGGGAGGAGCGAGAAGCAACACCUGAACUAUGAUGAGUCGGUAGCAAGCCGUGGCCCCCCGCACUCUGCCAUAUCCGUCAGAACGACCCAUAGCAGAUAUGAACGAUACUCGCGAGCAAACGAUGAUGAGCAAACGGAGGCUGCGGUGUCGGUGGCAACAGGAGCUCCCAGCGGUUGCUGGAAGAGCAUCAAGGGAAGAAUGACAGAGUUUUUCUCGGAUAUGUUUGGCAGCGAAUUUGACUUUGGGGCUGCGUAUCGACGCGCGAAGGGCCUCAGCGACGGAUUUCAGUCGUCGAUCACAACAAGGACUGAACAGCAGGAUCAGGUUAGGGCGUGGGAUCACCUCAAGUUCUUCCCGCUCACGUUCAAGGAUAGCAAGUUUGAGACGCAAUACAGCCUUAUCUGUAGUCAGCUCUUCAUAGGGCGGCUAUUCCUAGUGCUUAUUGCACUCAUCUUCAUGGUGAUUCCUGUCUUGUGGUUGCUGGGGGCUCUCUGUUUUCUUGACGUGGAACUUAACCAUCAGUCAUUCGGCGCUUGGAUUGCAUUUCAUGCUUCCUUUGCUGCGAAUCUGAUCAUCGCCAUUGUAUCACUUAUUCUCACUGUCUUUCCUAAGCUCAUCCCAGCUGUACGGAAGCACUUUGAACUGUACGCGUACGUCAAUGUCCUUGUGUGGAUGUGUAUAAUUCUUAUAGUUCUCGCCACCUUCCCGACUUUAGUUCGCGCGCCAUCGCAGAUGGAGAUGCUCUGGACUUCCAAUGCCGAACAGAUCCAGGCAGUGGUUGCUAAAGGUCAUCCCAUUUGCUCCUACCUUCAAACUUCCAAAGAAAUCACGACCUUCUUGGGAUGCCUGAAGACCACUGCAGACCCUGAUGCAUGCGUGCUGCAGUGCCAGAAAAAUUCACAGUGUCUGGCCGAGGCUUUCCAACUUGUCAUUGCAGGGGUGCAAUUCUGCAUGGAUAUGUCAGAAACUGUCGCGGAUAAUUAUGCUUCUCUGGGAUCUGAACUGGAUCACAUUUGGUUUCCCUUUGCUUUUUACGUCACUUACGUCAAGGCCACACUGCAGGUUUUCAAGAUUCCGAUCGUGGCGGUUGCCGUUAUUGUAUGUAUCUUUGGAACGGGGCUAAUGUUCCUGGAUAGCAUGUCGCCCUCUAGGACCAAGAUGACCAUCGCCAUGCAUUUGCUCGUCAUUCCGCUUAGCUCUCUCCCCUUUGUUCUCUUGCAUAGGACAUACCCCACUAUCGUUCCCGUGGAGGAAACGCUAAUUUAUGUCUUCUCCUUCCUCUUUGUGGCGUUUGCUGGAUGGUGCGGUCGCUACGCUCAAGAAUUCCAGCAUCGUCUAAUCUUUUGCUCCUGGCGGCUCACCACCACCAUGCUUCAGGAUUUACACAAGAAGAUGGAAAACCAAAAGGAGGCGAAGAAGUCUUCCACUGCCAUUGAGGAGUUAAUUUUCCAAGUCAAGGAGUGCAACAACAUUGUUAGGAUGGCAAGACUCCGAGGCCCUCGGGCUGAUGUGACGGAUGAUCUGUUUAACAUUGAACAGCUCCUUGAUAAAAUCCUAGAAAUGUUGACUGCCUCUGGGAAUUUGUAUUCUGUCCGCUUCACUGACGCUGCCAAAGAAAAUGAUGUGCAACGCCAGUUCAUCGAGCUAUACAACACUCCAGACAAACUGCGGAAGAGCAAUGCAGCACUUUCGAAGUCCGGUGGCAUGGCCACAAAUGGCAGCCGGUCUGUCGUCAGACAAGUAACAGCAGGAAGAAUGCAUGAUGCAGGAAGGACAACAGAAGCUUCUGGGUUUGGACUCUCUGUCUCUACCUCAGGUCCAGUUAGUGGUGAGGGUCGAUUACAGUAUGGUUUUGCUUCGGGAAGGCGGCUGGAGUUUUCUCAAUCUCUAAAGAAUUCGUUAAUAAGUGGCCAAGUUGAUGACAUGAGUCUUCUUUUCAAAGAUAUGCCCGUUCCUGAACACACCAACCAGCUCCUUGCGUGCGUUGGGAUCGAUUGGGAUUACGACAUGAUCGCCUUCUCCUACAUGACUGAGAAUGUGUUGUUGGAAGUUGGUUAUGCUCUUCUUUGUCGGCUUGUCGGUGACUGGGGCUGCGAAGACUCAAGGCUUAUCCGCUUUCUGGUUGCCAUUCAAGGGCAGUAUCUCCCUAACCCCUACCACAACAAACUGCAUGGGGCCACGGUGGCUCACCUUACCGAAUGCCUCACACGAAUGCUAAACGCACAGCGAACGAUGAAUUCGACCGACAAGGUAACACUCACUGUUGCCGCCAUUUGUCACGAUGUUGGCCAUCCAGGAAGAAACAACCAGUUCUUCAUCAACUGCUACGACCCCCUCGCGGUCAUCUACAACGACCAGGCGGUCCUCGAAAACUUUCAUUCGUGUCUCACCUUUAGAACUCUGGAGAUGAAGGACUGUAAUAUUUUUGCAAACCUUGAAGACUCUGAGUUUCGGUUCAUUCGCCAGAACCUGAUUGCCUGCAUCUUAGCAACGGAUAUGAAGCAGCAUUUCGAGAGCAUUUCUCGUUUCAGGGUUCGGCGGAAUUCACCGGAAUUCAGCUACUCGAAAAAAACAGAAGAUCGAUGGUUGGUUGCGCGGAUGUGCGUGAAGGUUGCGGAUAUCGGCCACUCUAGCGUUCCAUGGUCUCAGCACUUUCAGUGGUCUUGUCGGGUGGUGGAAGAGUUCUACCAGCAAGGAAAUGAGGAAACGUCGAGGGGGCUACCUAUUUCUCCACUCUGUGACCCAGAGAAGCAUGCAGACAUGGCCAAGUCACAAAAUGGCUUCCUAGAGUUUGUUGUCAAGCCACUCUUGAAGGAGAUAGAGGAGAUUGAACCGUUUUCUCACGUCAAGAACAUGGUUUCGAAGCACUUGGAGUAUAAUGUCUCCAAGUGGCAGAUCCUUCAGGAGAGUGGCCACCCAAUUCAGCUAAAGGAAAUGGACAAUGAUGGAAGGACAACUAUGACGACUUCUGCCGUCAGGAAGAUUGCCGGCAUUAAAAGAGGACCCCCUCACCGCACAAUUGUCCAUUUGCCAGCGGAAGCACCCAUAGCCCAAGCAAAAGCGAACCCUGAGCAGAAGGAAUCCAAGAACGAGACUCUGCCACCUGCAAUCCCUGUUAGGGAGACACAGAAAGAAAACAUGGAAGGCCCCGCAGAAGGCGCAGAUGAGUCAUUCCACGCAGAUUUCUCUGGUAGGUGCUGCCUUCCGUGCUAUUUUCGUUGGUCUACUAAACUUCUGUUUGUACUCUUCCUUCUUGUUAUUGCAAUUUAG